AUGUCGGACGAGCUACGGGACAAGCAGCUGAGACGAGUGCGGGAGCUGGGUCUUCGUCGCCAGUGGCAGCAGGCCCUCGAGUUGCUAGCUGAGCUCCAGGAGUCCGGUGUGCGAAUAGAUGCCGUCACCAGCACCGCCACGAUGUGGGCAUGUGUCAAGAGCGAGCAGUGGGAGCAUUCGCUUCGCCUGUUCGAAGACAUGCGGCCGCGCCUGCGCCUGGAAACGGUUUCCUGCAACGCAGCGCUUUGCAGCUACGCCCAGGGCGGGCGCUGGGAAGAGGCGCUGCAACUCUUUCGGGAGAUGUGUGAGUCUUCGCCACCUCCGGACAUUGUCAGCUGCACGGCCACCAUCAAUGCCUGCGUGGCCCAGCGCCAGGGCGCUGCAGCGCUGGAGGUGCAUGGGGCCAUGCUCCGAGGUGGUCUCGCACCCACCCCCGCGGCCCUCGAUGCAGCUGUACGUUCCUGCGGCACCCCGCACUGGAGGGAGCAACUACAGCUGCUGAAGGACAUGAGGCAGCGGGGAUUCCAGCCCGAGGCGGACACGUAUGACGCUGCAGUGCUCAACUGCGCCGACGCCCAGCAGUGGGCGGCGGCACUUCAUCUGCUUGGGGAGAUGUGGAAGUCAGCAAUGUCUCCCAAGGUGGAGACUUUGGCGGCUGCUAUCAGCGCCUGCCAGAGAGGCGGCCAGUGGCAAGAGGCUCUUCAUCUCUUUGACGUGAUGGAGAAGCAAGGACAGUGGUCCCUGGCGGCUGCUCGAGCAGCGCUUCGGGCGUGCGACGACGGCCAUCAGCCCGAGCGGGCAAAGUCACUUCUCCAGGACAUCUGGCACCGUGCAACUCCCGACUCAGCCUGCUACGCAGCCGCCAUCAGCUGCUGCGAGGGAAGCCAGGAGUGGGGUGAGGUGCUCGCUCUCUUCGAGGAGAUGCGUGACUAUGGUCUGACGCCAGACAUUUCGACCUACCAAGCAGUUCAGGCCGCCUUCGUAGCGACGGGCGCCUGGAGGAAGAGCCUGGACCUUCUGGAGGAGAUGAAGGCGGAGGGGGCGGAACCGCCCAUGUCCGUUCUCGGCACUGCUGCGCAUGCCUGCGCCAACCAGGGGCAGUGGCAGCAGGUGCUUCAGUUGCUCUCUGAUGCGCGGCAAAAGGGGAUGCGGCCGGACUUGGACCUCUACAAGGCCUCUUUGCGUGCCGCGUCGGACGGGAGAAAAUGGGAAACAGCUCUGCAGCUGCUGCAGGACGGGCAGGCUUCCGCGAUACGGGGUGCCAUGAGCACGAGUUUGUCCUUGUUCGGGAGGUGGAAGGAGUUGGAGACUAGCAACAUCUACAUCGUCACCACUCCAGAAGAACCGAUGCUGCAUUUUUUGACUGUGGUGAACAACCCAGCAAAGGAUGACCGACGGGACUUUGAGAUCAAUCUUGGCUCAGAGGGAGGCAUUCAACUGAUUCCGCUGUCCCACAAAGAUACUACUGGGACAGAUACUCCGUCUACUCUUUUCCUGGAUACCACGGUGCCUGGCCGACUCAUCUGGUACAGCUACACAACCGGCAAGCACAAAACCUGGCAGAACAUGCUGCAGGUGUGGAACACCACGAUAGUGCAGGUGAUGUGCGAAGCUGAAGAGACGACUCUUCGGCUGGUUCUGCGUAAGCUGACAGGCGAGAUCAUUGCCAAGGUUCGCGUGCAACCUGGCGCAAGUUGGAGGGAUGCAAGGAAGUUAAUGGUUCCGGGCCUACGACCACUUCUGUCCAAAAAGCUGGCGUUUGUGUCGCCCCUUGGAGAAGUGCUGACACGAGCACACGAUGAGCGGCUGCUCGCUGACAUUCUCGGAUGCGGCGGCAAGCCCGAGGUGGAUAGAGACGCAUGGAGGCGUUUUCAGUAG